AUGUAUCGGCUGUUCAGAUGCGAUGUCAAGCCUACGGGCGGAGUAUCGUGGCGCGUACUGUUUAGCCAUCGUUCAUCGCACUGAAUUUUGAGGCGUUUCGGAGAUUCGAUUUGAGUAACGAUGUGCGACGGUAUUCUGAUUCUCACCUUGGGCUUUCAUGUUUUGAGGACGGUGUCACCGAGACACAAGAUGGCCUUGACGGCGAUGACGCCGAAGAGGAGAAUGACAAUGCGGGAGUUCAGCAUCUGAUUUGCAUAAUUUGAAAAACUGAAACGAGGUGAGAAGCAGUCGAACAGCAACGAAUAGAAUUAAUUUUCAGAAUUGAAAGGUUGGAAACCCUGGAAACAAAGGAGAGAAGAAAGGAAUUGGAUUCACCUCAGAAGCCGAGUAAUUAAUAUCGAGAAGCGGCGACGCGGUGACGUAGUCCGAUUACUCAUCCAAUUGAGGAAGCAGAAGCUGUGAAGAAACCAGUUCUAGAGGGUCAAAUUCUCGAAGAGAUGUCAAUGGCAAAAAUGAAGAGGGCGGGGCGCCGAGAAGAAGAAGAAGAAGAAGUCAGGGCCAAAAAGAGACGGUUUGGUAUAAAAGGAGUACGAGAAUGCCAUCUUCAUCUUCGUCUUCUCUUUGUUUCAAUUCAAAAUCUUCUCGCGGCAGGUAACGUCGCAAGAUCAGAAACCACCGAUUUGAACUGUUUUCGUACUCGUUUCGCAAAAAUUUUAAACAGAAUUUUGAAUCGAAAACAAAAAAAACGCGUUAAUUUGAUUUUCUCUGCCUCUAGUAAUUUGGUCGCAGUUUUCGUUUUUUAAAUCGCUGCUAGGCUUUAUUUAAGACGCUGCAAUCCCCUAUUUCAGGAGAUUACUUUUUUACAUUUCGACACGAGUCAAAUCCUAAUUCUCGGCCACUUCCAGAUGCUUCUCCUCCUCUCGCUCCUCUCCAUCAUCCCGAUGACUUCCGGCACGUUCGGAGGCUGUUGCUCGAUGGGACCGCCUCCGUGUCCUCUUCCGCCGCCGCCAAUGUGUGCUCCUCCGCCGCUGCCGUGUCCGCCUCCGCCAAUCUGUCCGCCGCAAUUCUGUCCGCCACCGCCGCCGUGCCCACCACCUCCACCGCCGCCGCCACCGCCAAUGUGCCCGCCACCGCCGCCGCCGAUGUACUCGCCGUGCCAAUCGUACGCGCCGGCGCCGGUUUUCCAGCAGUACGCGAUGCAGCCGGCCAACGAUUGCUGUUGUCGGUGCGGCAGUCCGUGCAGAUUCAUGGCCAGACAUCGGACUCAUGGAUCCAAGGUAAUUUUAGGCCAUCAAAGCAGGUUUCUAGGCCACUGCCGCAUCUCUUUUUUUUGCAGUUGUUCACCACCGAAGAGCUAGAGGAAGACCCGACGUGCAACAGCAAGAAACUCAAAAGAGUGAUGGUGAAUGUGAGUACAAUUUGCGGUCAAAAACAAUGAAAACACCAUAAUUCGCGGAUGAUUUUGCUCUCGCACUUUCCACUGAUCAAAAAUGGUUUCGAAUCGAAAAUUGGCUGAUUUUGCGUUUAAAAUUUGAAUUCGCUCCUAAACGAACUUCAGAACAUGAACGCCGACCCGACCAUCUCGAAACGUGCCAUCCAGAAGGCGGCCGAAGAGAAAAUGUUCGGAAAAUUCAACGUGAUUUGCGCGAAGGGCGAUUUUUCGUACGUGGCGUACACGGAGACGUACUGUCAAGUGGCCAACGAUGACGUCACCUGCUACGCAUUCAGACCCAUGUAA